AUGGCUGAGGCUGUGCUGAAGAAUCUCCUUCCGCAGGCAUCGACUUGGGAGGUGGACAGUGCUGCACUGGCUGACUGGAAUGUGGGACUCCCUCCGGAGCCCAGAUGCAUGAGGAUUCUUCAGGAGAAUGGAUUGCACUCGGAUCACAUUGCCAGACAAGUUUGCAAGGAGGAUUUUUACACUUUUGACUUUAUUUUCGGCAUGGAUCCCAGAAAUAUUGACGAUUUGAUGAGUUUGGCUCCACCAGACUUCACGGCCAAGAUCGAAUUGCUGGGAAGAUAUGACAAUUAG